UUUGCAUUGUCGAUCUCCCCUAAAACCCUUUCCCCAUUUCACAACCCUAAAAUAAAAUCAAAACCUCGUUUACAUUUACAAAGAAAUGGCGUAUCGAUGUCGCUCAAUAUCUAGACCAGCCUCCACACUCUUCAAAUCAAUGUCCAAUCCAUCUCCUAAACCCUCAUCAAUUCCAUCUCUCGCCCCUCGUUCUUCCCCAUUAUCAACCCCCAUCUCCCGGUCAUUUAGUCGAAUAGGUUGUGUGCAAUCAUUGUUGCCACUACACUCGGCGGUCUCAUCGGCUCGAUUAACUUCGUGUCUCGGGAUCGAUUCAAAGGGAUCAAGGUCUUUGUCACAGGGUAUGCUUUCCAGUGCAAACCCGGGCGUUUGACAUCUUUCCCCUCUCCCUCUCUCUGUUAUAGGUUUAAUCUCUAGAUGGGUCUCAGUGUGCCGCGAUAAGGGAGGGCCUCAUCUUAAAAAUACAAUUGGUGGCUUUUUGUUUAACAAGAGUGGUAGCUCGGUAAAGUCCUUUUUCAUAUAUAUGAAUAUGAAAGAUUUUAGCAUCAAUUUUGUAUAAUGGAAGCAUACCUUGCGAUACUUUAAUUCCUACUCAUUCACUUUUAGUUAUUGUCUGGAUUCAUCCCUAAAUAUUAUUGUUAUAUUUUCCUGCCA